CCCCCCCCAAGGCAAUACUUUGUAGAGCCACCUUUUGCAGAAAUUACAGCUGCAAAUCUCUUGGGGUAUGUCUCUAUAAGCUUGGCACAUCUAGCCACUGGGAUUUUUGCCCAUUCUUCAAGGCAGAGCUGCUCCAGCUCCUACAAGUUGGAUGGGUUCUGCUGGUGUAAAGCAAUAUUUAAGUUUGACUAGGCCAUUCCAAGACAUUUAAAUGUUUCCCCUUAAACCACUUUAGCUUUAGCAGUAUGCUUAGGGUCAUUGUCCUGCUGGAAGGUGAACCUCCGUCCCAAUCACAAAUCUCUGGAAGACUGAAACAGGUUUCCCUCAAGAAUUUCCAUGUAUUUAGCGCUGUCCAUCAUUCCUUCAAUUCUGACCAGUUUCCCAGUCCCUGCAGAUGAAACACGUCCCCACAGCAUGAUGCUGCCACCACCAUGCUUCACUGUGGGGAUGGUGUUCUGUGGAGAGGUGUUGGGUUUGCGCCAGACAUAGCAUUUUCCUUGAUGGCCAAAAAGCUACAUUUUAGUCUCAUCUGACCAGUGUACCUUCUUCCGUAUGUUUGGGGAGUCUACCACAUGCUUUUGGCGAACACCAAACAUGUUUGCUUAUUUUUUUCUGGCCACUCUUCCAUAAAUCCCAGCUUUGUGGAGUGUAUGGCUUAAAGUGGUCCUAUGGACAGAUACUCCAAUCUUCGCUCCUUCAGGGUUAUCUUUGGUCUCUUUGUUGCCUCUGAUUAAUGCCCUCCUUGCCUGGUUCGUGAGUUUUGGUGGGCGGCCCUCUCUUGGUAGGUUUGUUGUGCCAAAUUCUUUCCCUUUUUUAAUAAUGGAUUUAAUGGUGCUCCUUGGGAUGUUCAAAGUUUCUGAUCUUUUUUUAUAACCCAACCCUGAUCUGUACUUCUCCACAACUUUGUCCCUGACCUGUUUGGAGAGCUCCUUUGUCUUCAUAGUGUUGCUUGCUUGAGAGAUCAUGUGACACUUAGAUUGCACACAGGUGGACUUUAUUUAACUAAUUAUGUGACUUCUGAAGCUAAUUGGUUGCACCAGAUCUUAUUUAGGGGCUUCAUAGCAAAAGGGGUGAAUACAUAUGCACGCACCACUUUUCCGUUUUUUAUUUUUUAGAAUUUUUCGAAACAAGUAAUUUUUUUCAUUUCACUUCACCAAUUUUUUUGACUUUUUUUGUGUAUGUCCAUUGCAUGAAAUCCAAAUAAAAAUACAUUUAAAUUACAGCUUGUACUGCAACAAAAUAGGAAAAACGCUAAUUGGGGUGAAUACUUUUGCAAGGCACUAUAUACAUUUAUUCUAGUUCUGAGGUUUCACCAGCCAUCAUGCCUCAGGCCUACGUGUUCUGAUGAAUGCCUGUGUCUGUAUUGUCUCUGUAUAGGUCAUAUGCGGCUGUUGACAAAUGGUCCGACCACCUACACAACCUGGGACUCAACACUACAUCAGCCUGGGAGAACAGGACAGCGUGGAGAGACCAAUGUCGAGGUGCUCCGCACCUUUCCAAGGAAUUAGCGAAGACGAGGUGUGAGGCUGGUUUCUGCUGCACCGGCCGUGACCCGUCGUGCAUCAGUAAGGGAUGGAGAGCUGACCGUUCGUAUGGCACCCGCUAUUGCGACCAGGCUUGUACCUCUACCCUGAACUGCUGUCAUGAUUAUGAGCUACCCUGCCCAGCGGUGUCCUGUGUGGUGAGUGAGUGGAGUGCGUGGUCUGGCUGUGCUGAGCCCUGCAGGGCCACAGUACGGGUGAGGAGCAGGCAGGUCCUGCAGGAGCCCCAGCACGGGGGAGAACCCUGUCCACACGUAGAGGAGCAUGUCGGCUGUGCAGAGUACCGGGACCACCACCGGCAGUGCAGCAAAUCACCGGUACCGGCUCUCAUCACUAACGGUGACUAUAGCAACGCCAGGAAGAAGAGACAUCCCUGUGUAUGUAUGCUUAUCCAGGUGCAGUUCCAGCUGACCUCCCUGACUCCUGGGUGCCAGCGUAGUGUGGGGCCACACACCCGCUGGAUGCAGUACCUGAAGGAGGGCCACCAGGUGUGUGUGGAGUGCCAGCCUCCUGCCCUCGCUGCCGAGCAGAGACACUGCUCUGGAGACGGUGAGGAGGAGGAGAGUGGCAGGCAGGCAGUCUCUGCAGUGGGGAACACCAGGUGUUGUGGUGUGUGGAGACAUGUUGGGAGACUAGACUCCUGCUCCUGUCCCACUGUCCACAGCUUCCUCUUCAUAUAACCCUGGACAGCUUCCUCUUCAUAUAACCCUGGACAGCUUCCUCUUCAUAUAACCCUGGACAGCUUCCUCUUCAUAUAACCCUGGACAGCUUCCUCUUCAUAUAACCCUGGACAGCUUCCUCUUCAUAUAACCCUGGACAGCUUCCUCUUCAUAUAACCCUGGACAGCUUCCUCUUCAUAUAACCCUGGACAGCCUCCUCUUCAUAUAAUCCUGGACAGCUUCCUAUUUAUUUAACCCUGGACAGCUUCCUCUUCAUAUAACCCUGGACAGCUUCCUCUUCAUAUAACCCUGGACAACCUCCUCUUCAUAUAAUCCUGGACAACCUCCUCUUCAUAUAAUCCUGGACAACCUCCUCUUCAUAUAAUCCUGGACAGUUUCCUUCCUCAUAUAAUCCUGGACAACCUGUACCAGUAUCUCCCAUAACAAUUGGUAUGAAACCUCUGCCAACAUAUAAGUCUUGUUUAUAUGGGUGUUUUGGGUCAUUUUGUUCUCUGGUUGGACAGAAUCCUCCUUCUGAAACAUGCUAUUGUAGAUCUGCUUCUUUCCUAAGAGUAUGUAACUGUCAGUUCAAUUUUUCUUUGUAUCACUGAAAGCCUUCAAUAAUGCCUGGAAUACAUGUCAAUAAUCAAAACCAUUAAUUCAUUAGAUUUUAUUUAACUGUCAGUCAUCUAAGCGGAAUGUAAAGAAAGAUCUUGGGACAUUGAGACACUUUUUACAGGACAGGUAAACCGGAGUUGUGUGUGUGUUUCACAGCCAGUCACGGCUCCAAAGUUACAACAUGCAUUGAUAGAACAACCGAACAUUUAUACAGAAACAACUUACAGCAUAGGAAAGACAACAGGUAGAAACAUUACAAAACAAACAGUAGUCUAGAGACCUACAAACAGUAGCCUAGAGACCUACAAACAGUAGAAGAAGAGGUGUAACGUACACAAUUUCCCUGGAAUUUGUGUAUGUUACAAUGACUGGUGGAUUCAGCAAGGUUGGAAUCAAUUCCAUCAAUUUAAAUUAUUUUCACAUUUCAAAUUAAAUUAUUUAAUUGAAUUCUAAUUUACCAGAGCAUUUCAAAUGGACCCCAACCCUGAAAUCUAACACAUUUCAAUUGCAUUUGGUUAAUUCCUAAUUGUAAGUUUCUCAUAGCUUAUAAAAAAAAUAAGAGAAAUAAAAGAAGUCACUUGAUUGUGCUUUCUCAUUUUAACAUAACAUUUACAAAUCCGUUGACACCAGAAAUUCUCUUGUACAGGAACACAGUAGAAGUUAAAGUUCUUGUACACAACAGCAGUGUUUCCCAACCCUGGUACUCCAGUAUCCCCAACAGUACAUAUUUUAAUUGUAGCCCUGAACAAACACACCUCAUUCAACUCAUUGAGGGCUUGAUGAUUAGUUGACAAGUUGAAUCAGGUGUGCUUGUCCAGGGCUACAAUGAAAAUAUGUACUGUUGGGGAUACUGGAGUACCAGGGUUGGGAAUCACUGUACACAGGACAUUUGGAUGUGGGGUGACUUGGAGAUGGAAGAGAGGACUGAUGUAGAAAAUAGUUUUUUUUUUUAAACAUACCAGUCAGUGGUCACAGUAUAGUAGUAAAGAAAUUUGACCUUGUCAGAAUAUUUUCCAGAGUCAUUCCUCCUACCAAAACCAAAAUAUAUAAAGGCUAUAAGUAGUUGCUUGACCUGUAUGUGUCUGUAUGUCUGUCCAUGACGUGAUCCAGUCAGUCUGUCCAUCCUAUGACACUCCAUUGGAACUUCUCUUCACAAUGCUACAAUUUAUUUCAUGUCUAUUCAUGAGGAUUUGAUUGUCAUCAUUCUUUAAAGAGAUAGUUUCCAUGACAAAGCGGUCCCUGACUCCCACAAUAUAUUCUUACAGUGAAAGCAUAAAUUGAUGUAUGGUAAUGUGAAACAUAGGGUACAGGAACACAUAUCUCAGUGUUAGACAAUGCUCAAUACCAGAACCGAGCACGAGAAGCCAGCGCUCUACAGAUGACAGCUAAUUCGACCACCGGGGCAGUCAAAGGAAGGAUUUGAAGGAGGAUUUGAAAUGCAUUGUGAACACAAUGAAAAUAAACCUGUAACAUUGUA